AUGGUUUCCAUCAAUGGUCAGUUUGUUAUAACCGCCCUACUAGUAUCUGUGCAGUUUCCUGGCAGCGUCAUCGCCCAGGAGGCUUUGGAUACGGUGUGGGGUAUAUUUGCAUACACGAUAUCUGGAGAGAGCACUCCGAACGUUCUUGCUGGGAAUCGACCCAAGCAGCUAACCGACUACGGAGCGAAUCAGCUGGAGGCAGUUGGGACAGCCUUUCACUAUCACUAUGUAUGGUCAUCUUCGACCAGUGCGAUCCAAGAUAUCUCGCCGACCAUUCUAUACUCCAACGAGGUGAAUGUGUAUUCGACGGCUGAGCAGCACACCAUUGCUUCUGCCCAGGCAUUUAUGAUGGGCCUCUACCCGCCUCUUGAUAAGAUUGGCAUGAAUGGAACCGACGAGACAGCGAACGGAACGACGUAUUCGUCGCCUCUUGGCGGCUAUCAGUUCCCUAAAAUUGUUUCACUUGCGACAUCGGAUCCCGACUCUCUUGCCGUCUCUGGCCAGGCAGACUGCAAUAUGUAUCACGCAGCCCAAUCCGAGUACAAGAACAGCAAAGAGGCCCAGGAAAUAACCGAUGUCAGCCGAAACUUUUAUCUUGGACUUUGGGACAAGGUGCUCUCCGCAGCCUUCGACCAGCCAUCCGCGACGUAUGUAAACGCCAUUGAGAUUGCGGACUAUUUGGAUUAUGAAUACAUCCACAAUAGCACAGCUUCAAAGCAUAUCACCGAGGACGAUCUGCGGCAAGCCCACUAUCUUGCCGGCCGGUAUUCCUAUGCCACUAAUGGGCAAGGCGCCUCCCCCUUAAAUCAGUCGCAGGUUGGGGCUGCAGCUCCUAUUGCGGGCCAAACGUUGGCCUCAGCCAUUCUGAAUACAUUCAAUGCGAACAUCGAAGAAAGUGGGACGCAAGGUAAAAUGACAUUGUUGUUUGGCAAUGACGAGCCUGCGGUCGCGUUGGCUUUCCUGGUCGGCCUGGCUAACUCCCAUCAACCUGGUUUCUUCUCUCGUCCGCUGGCGGGUGCAUCCUUGAUAUUCGAACUAUACAGCAUCGAGUCGAAUAGUUCGUAUCCGUCUUAUCCGAGCAGUGAUGAGUUGUUCGUGCGAUUCCUCUUGCACAAUGGCACUGAUAACUCCACGGAAUUCAUUUCAUAUCCGCUUUUCGGGUACGGGCCCAGUCGAACCUAUAUAUCCUGGAGUGAAUUCCAAGACGAAUUAGAGACAUUUGCGGUACCUUCCACGAGCGAUUGGUGUCUCCGAUGCAAUGCGGACUCUGCUUUUUGCAACGGGGUGUUGUCAGAUGAUAAUUCUCCAAAGAAGCAGAAGAAAGGGGUCUCGCCGGCUGUUGCAGGAGUAAUCGGUGCAGCAGUCACGCUAGCUGUAGUUGGGAUUUUGGGAGCGCUCGGGUUCUUUCUCUGCAUAUCUCCUAGGCGCAAAGACCGGAAGCCCAGCGCAGGAGGAUUCAAGGGAACCACAAAGCUUGCCAGUGAUACGGACGUGUCGUUUCAUAAUCCGAUCUGGAGGGCUUCAAAAACUGCUGGUACUGAACAGCAACAAAGGCCCCUGGAAGUUCAUUCGAGAGAGCAUGGGCAUGAGCGUUUGGGAAGCUGGGAGAUGAAUGAGCAAAAGAUAGGCCUCCAUGGAAGUCCUCCUAGGACUGACCAAGCACCCACUCCGCUAGAGGAUGAUCACGAGGACAUGGAGAUUCAUUCAGACUUGCAGCCAGUAAGGGAACGUGAGAGUGUCUAG